AUGUAUUCGAGCUCAUCGACGUCAAGGAAUCUGCUACAAGUCACUCAUGUUCAGUCGCAAGAAGGGGUAGAGCUUUGUGAUUGUAUCGUUCCAGCUAAAGAACGAACAUAUUGGAAGAUAACAAACCCUGGGAGGCGAUUAUGGAAUUGUCAAAACAGUAUGAUAGGUCCUUAUUCUCCUGAUUUUGAUAAGUUGAGGAAAUGUAGCUUCUUUGAAUGGAAAGAUGAAGAACAGGCAGACGGGUGCUACAAAAACCUGCUAUAUUCUCUGAAGCAGAAACUGGAUGCCAAAGAGGAACCGUCUGAGAUGAACAAUAUGAGGAGAAGGAUUGUUGAAGUGGAGUUUCUGCUGUCACAGGAACAGUAUCAGGUGGUAAAGAGUGAGAAAGAAGUUCAUGACGAAAGGAAGGCAAUAAGCAGGUACAGGAUGAUAGUUGCCCUAUUGUUUGCUUGCUUGGCCCUAUGUGUUUUGAAGUUAGGGGUGAUUGUAGUUAGUUAG